CUUUAAAUAUUUAUGACAUUAUUUAUUAACAACCAAUUACAUCAAUCCAUCAGUUCAUGACUGACCAAUCCUAGUAAUUUCUGUCCAUAAAAUUUUAUUGCAACCGUAUUUUUAAAUUAUCGCUUUAUAAUUUAUAAUGAGUCAGCCUUGUGACGUUUGAGAAAACAUCAGUCGUUUUUUGAGAAUGCAACCUGGCAUUGUAGGUUUUCUUUGCUGUUAUUAGUGUUCAUUUUAGUGUUAAAUAAUAAUUUUUAGUCAGCAUGAUGCAAUUUAUGUUAUUAUUCAGCCGUCAAGGUAAAUUACGAUUACAAAAAUGGUAUGUAGCACAUCCAGAUAAACUUAAGAAAAAAAUAACACGAGAAUUGAUCACGACAAUUCUUGCAAGAAAACCUAAAAUGUCUAGUUUUCUUGAGUGGAAAGACGUCAAAGUUGUUUAUAAAAGAUACGCCAGUUUAUACUUUUGUUGUGCUAUUGAACAAAACGACAAUGAAUUAUUAACAUUAGAAAUUAUACAUCGAUAUGUUGAAUUAUUGGAUAAAUAUUUUGGAAGUGUAUGUGAGUUAGAUAUUAUUUUCAAUUUUGAAAAAGCCUACUUCAUCCUAGAUGAGCUGCUUGUCGGGGGCGAAAUACAGGAGACCAGUAAAAAAAAUGUAUUAAAGGCUAUCGCAGCGCAGGAUUUACUGCAGGAGGAUGAAGCUGUCGAAGGUGCUCUACGGGAAAUAGGGCUUUUGUAAAAGCUCCGAUGUAGUGUCUUCCUCCUCAUCGAACACCAUCGAGAUCAUCAACUUCUCAGCCAAUCUUACGCCUACCGACGAUGCCACCGCCCAUCUCGCCUUGUGCAUAGUUUUAAAUGAAAAUUUUAAUAAUACAAUAAACAUCCAUUAAAAUACUUGCCAAUAUUAUAUCGGUUACUAAUUCCAAAAACACUUAUAUUUUUUAUACGUUAAGAAACUCUCUAAAGCUAAAGGGGCGUAUAAUUUUUUUUUCAUUGCUAGUCGUUUUGUAGAUUUUUUUUCAUAGACGAAAAAAAGGACAUCUUGGCACAAGAAAUAUUUUGCACUACGACUUGAAGACAAAAAAUUUCUUAGCCCAAGAAUUUUUUUAUUACUUCAAAAAAUUUUUGUUUUCAAUAAAUAAUGCAAAAAAAUUUUUUGGGGCAAGUAAAAAUUUUCUUGAGACGAGUAUACAUUAUUUGUGACAAGAAAUCUUUUUUUUUCUGUAUCUGUAAAAAUUGAAAAAAAAAUUUUCAGCUUUAAAAUAAGUUUACAAUAUGAUUAGCAGUUAAAAAAAAUUCUACGCACAUUUGGUUUUAAACUUAGUGACUAAAUCCAAAAGGGCGUAUAAUAAUCUAAGUCUUUUUGGAAUUACUGACGCGAUAUACUACUCGCGAUCCAAUUUAUCACGAGAUUCCAAAUAUUUUUAUACUAAAUUUUCCAUGUGCUUCUAUAAAAAAAAAUAAUAAUAUACAUAUAAUUUAAUAUAUUAAACCAAAAGUAAUAUAUUUUACCAUUAGCAAAAAAAAUGUAGAUAAUAGUUUUAUUUGUUAUUUAUGUUCAAAAAAUAUUUAAUUAAUAAUUAAUUAUAAUUAUUAUUAUUGUUU